AUGGACAAUUCUCGAAGAUAUAAACUCCUCCUACUUGCUGUUCUGCUAAUAGUUCUGCUAAUAGAAGUACCCAUACUGUAUAUAAACCUGAAUCCUUCGGUAAAAGAACCUGUUAUGCCGGAUCAACCGGAUCUCAUUCCUUUCCGUGUCAAUAUCCAAGAGAUUCAAGGUGAACUAGUCUGGUCAAUUCCUAAAGUCACGGUUGGGCUUCCAAUAAGUCAAAUCCAAGACCUCAGGGAAGAGAAGCCUAGUGUUCUCCUUGUGAUAAUUGUGUCGUCAGCGCCUUUGCGCUGGGAACGAAGGAAGGCCAUACGACAGACUUGGUGGAAACACUGCAAUGUGAAAGAGGUUAGUUCUGUUUCUCAUGGUUCGGGUCAGGUAAAUUAUGCCAGCAUAAUUUUUAGUUUAAUGCAAUAGUCAGGGUUCCGAGCCUAAUGCUAGCAUAUUGACUAAACUUCUUAAAAAUUCACUUGAUGUUACAGUUCAACAUGAGAUCAUGAAUUCUGUAGACUGGAUUCUGUAAACAGUGAGGCUGUUUUUCUAGUUCGCUCUUUGGAAUUCGAUUCACAAAAAGAAUUCCUACCCUGCUGGUGGUUGGUAUGAGGGUAAGUGAGGGGGGGGGAGGGGGGGGAGAUUUUGGGGCUCUUAAAAGCCAUCAUAUUGAAUUAUCAAUGAGCAUGAUGAAAAAUUUUGAGUAUUAUUUUCGCGUGAUAACAUGUAUUCAAGGGUGAAGCCCAAAAGCACAAUGCUGAAAUUCCCGAGCAUAAUUAAUCUAACCUGAUGGUUACGUUAUUGACAUUCAUUAGCUUCCAAAAAAAUUGUUCAUAAUUCUUCAGGUUACGAUAUGUUUCAGCAAUCUUUGUUCAUUGGAAAGCACUAUAGCCUUAUAAUGAGUAAGUAUCUUGGACUCGCUCUCGAGCGCAAUUGUUCAAGUUAUGUGCCUGGUCAGUUGUCAGUCCACAAAAUUAUCAUAUCCACAAUGCCUUUCUUUAAACUAAGUGCAGCAUUGAACUCCGCGACGAAGAUAAGAAUUUUAUUUCAUUUUCGUAGUUUUGUAGCCAAUUUUUGUUCUUCUCACUUUUUCUUAAGCUUUUACAUAUUUUCACAACUUUGAAUUUUUGUGGUGGACUCGAUCUUCGAAAUACAUCCUUCCUCCACCAAGUAUUAGAAAGUUAAUUGCAGACUACCAGGCUCGACGGUGCAAUUUAAAAUCCAGUGCACCAUAUCAUGUAAAAAUAAUGGGACAAAGAAGGAAUAUCAGGGUUUCGACCAGGAUAUAUCAAUUUGACUUAACUUAAUUUAGCUUGGGGUGGGAAACAUAGUGGUUUCUUUUAGAAUGAAGAACUUCUCGCCGAAUACAGUUAAAAAUUAACUUUGAUACAGACAUCUUGAAAGAUAUACUUCCAUUUGACACUCUAGCGACAUUUUAUAAAUAACUGAAGUGAAAUUGACAUAUCUCAAGGCUUGGACCUACAGCCUCCUUCUAUUUCCCAUCAUUUUCUCUCGGCCAUACAGUACUAAAGAUUAUAACUGUCCGUGUAGGUAGCUUGCCACUUUUUCACAGACGGACUAGUCGUCAACAAGACGAUCCAAGAAAAUCUCUCAAACGAAACAUCCCGUUAUGGAGAUAUUGAGUUCCAACCGCUUCUGGGCGGGAUAGAGUUUGGAAUGCGCUUCUUGUAUCACGCCAAAUGGGCCGCAGCCAAUUACGACUUUCAAUAUUUUCUUCGCACGGACGAUGACUACUUUGUGUGUCUUAAGAAGCUUUUGAAUGAGUUACCUUGGCGCCCUAAGCAUAAUCUCUGUUGGGGAAAUUUUCACUGUGAAGUACAAAUGACAUGGAUUGACGAGUCAUGGAUGCUGUUUUCACGUGACAUUAUUGACAAAUUCUUGAACCAAGAUGCGCGUACCAUGUUGUGUCAUCCGCACGCUGGCCAGCAGAUCGGCAUUUGGCUCAACAAUAUAUCAGGUCGUUUAUUUUUCCAUGACGUUCGUCUGAAUCACGUGAGGGCUUUUGAUUGGCAGGCGAGAAACGUGUGUGUAACGUACAUGGGAGUUCAUCAAGCGUUUGCGUCGCGCAUGCUACAACUGGCCAAGACGAGUGAGGACGGCGCGAAAACUGUGCCCCCCAUCUCUAAGUUUUCUUCUUAUUGUGAAUACGACACGUUUGACUAUAGGAGGCUACACGACCCUUAUUUCUAUGAACCAAAGCCUUGUGUUGAGAACGCGAUAUGGGUGAAAAGUCACCGAAUGUGGCUUGGAGAAGAGGGAAGGAUUAAUUAA